AAGUUACAAAAUCACGCCAUUUACAAAGCAACACCAGCAACAUACCGACACGACAAAAUCAGCAGGUCCAUGAUCUGGAAGAAGAAAGGCCACCAACAAACGAAGAGGCACUAAAACAAUCAAUCGAAUACACCAACGACACGACAUAG